ACAGCCUGCAUGUGCGAGUAAACACUCCGCACGUCUCAAGUGAAGCGAGAUUGCUUGGAACUGGGGGGUGGGUGACCCGUACUUAACGACGAGGUAUCGAUCAGCUGUUGCGUACGAUGCAUUUCGCAUGAAGACUCCGGACAAUUCUAGCUCAGCCUGGCCUUGAAAGAGAGUCUUAAGUGAGACUCAGCCACUCGUUUUUCUCAUACAGUCCUUACUGAACAUCAUGCGCUCUCUUCUAUCAUUCUCGACGCUCGUGGCUGUCUUUGCUCACAACGCAAAUGCGCUCGGCCCUCUUUGGGGCCUACCGGUUCUCAAUGGACCGAUGGCGCCAACUCCAAAAUUCGAGGGCAUGAAGAAUGCGCCCGGUGAUUUCAUCCAUCCCGGUAUCUGGCACACCCAUGACGACCUCGAGCGCAUCCGCAACGGUGUUUUAGACGGUCAAGAACCAUGGGCAUCAGCCUACGCAAACUUUAGUAAGGACCAGUACUCCCAGGCCGACUAUGCGAUGAGCGGACCGAAAAACGUCCUAUGCCGCGGCCAAUGCAGCAAUUACACUUCGUUUUCGCGCGAUGUCCGCGCUGCGUAUCAGAAUGCGCUGAUGUGGUACAUCACGCGCAACGACAGCCACUGGGAGCGUACCACCACCAUUCUCGACGCGUGGGGAAGCAAUCUCACCAGCGUCAUUGGCGUGGAUACGUCCUUGCUUGUGGGUCUGGAAGGCGACAUGAUGGUGAAUGCGGCGGAGAUCAUCCGCUGGGAAGGCGGCAUCACUGCGUCUGGAAAGACGUGGUCGGGCAGCGGCGCAUUCGCGAGCAUGGUGUAUUGGCUGCUGGCGAAGCAGUCUAUCAAUAUCGGCCAGGCAAAUUACGGCAUGGUCAGCAUAAAGGCGCUCAUGUCUUUUGCGGUGUACCUUGACGAUGUCGCUAUGUACAAUUAUGCUCUGUACUCGCUUCUCAACGAUCGCUGCGCUGGGAUCUACGCCAACUUCAACACGCAGACUGGGCAAGGCGCGGAAACCGGUCGUGACCAAGGUCACGCUCAGGGAGCCAUCGGUUGGGCCGCAGAAGCAGCCAGAACUGCUCAGUCACAGGGCUUCGAUGUCUAUUCGCAGGGCGAUAAUUUGAUCCUCAAGGCAGCAGAGUACACAGCCAAAUACAAUCUGGGGCAAAAUGUCACCUACGACCCUAAGUUCUACCGUUGCGAGGCUAUUCUGGUGGGCGGUCCAUGGUCCGCACCAUCCAAUGUCAGUCGCGGCGUGUCCGCUGACAAGACACCGCGGAUAUGGGAUAUCAUCUACUACCAGUACGCCGUCAAGCGUGGGCUCCCCGCUCCUUGGAUCACCAAGAUGAAGGCAGCCGUAAAGGCUGUGGGAGGAGAGACUGCACCGGCUGGUAAUAGCCAGGGCGAUCAUCCAAGCUGGGGUGAUCUUAUUUGGUCGUAUGCCGGACCCGGCACUUACCAGAAUGAUAACUCCAGGACUAUCUGGGGAGGAGGAAGAAUUGGGCCAGCUGGCGUCGGAUUUUGACGACGGGAAAUAACGGUACUUGAGCAGUGUUUGGGACACAUGAACGUUACUUUUACACAUAUAUGCUGUUUUACUAUCAAGUGAUUUACGUUGCUUAGCACAAGUCUCUACUUCGUCUCAG